AAAAUAAAGAUAAAAAUAAGAAAGCAAAUACUGACAGAAAAUCCCGGCGGCAUCCCAUCUGUAUCUGUUGGUUCAUAACGGGCGUCACCACCUCCCCAGCCUGUGGUGGGCUCUCAAAAGCUGACCACAACUCAGUGUACUUACCCCCAACUCCCCAAUCCUAUUGGAAUUUCGAGCAAUUAAGCUCCCAUAUAUAUAUAAAACAGAUACUAGUAUUGUAACAACCCCACACAAUUGACUCUUUCCCUCCCGUUCCAAACAAAAAAAAAAAGAGAAAAAAAAACGAAGAGAGUAAUAAUGGAGUCAAUCGGAGUUCUGAUGAUUUGUCCAAUGAAUUCCUACCUAGAACAAGAAUUAGACAAACGUUUCAAGCUCUUCCGCUACUGGAAUAUUCCACAGACGCAGCAAUUCUUGAAAGAAAACUCAAACUCAAUCCGGGCUGUUGUGGGUAACUCCAUGGCCGGCGCUGAUGCCCAGCUGAUUGAAUCGCUCCCGAAGCUCGAGAUAGUUUCGAGUUUUAGUGUGGGCUUAGAUAAGAUUGAUUUGAACAAGUGUAAGGAGAAGGGGAUAAGGGUCACUAACACUCCUGAUGUGCUGACUGAGGAUGUUGCUGACCUGGCAAUCGGGCUGAUGUUGGCGGUUUUGAGGAGGCUUUGUGAAUGUGAUCGCUAUGUCAGAAAAGGAUUGUGGAAAACUGGUGAUUUUAAGUUGACUACGAAGUUCACCGGAAAGUCAGUGGGCAUUAUAGGUUUAGGCAGAAUUGGCACUGCAAUUGCUAAGCGAGCCGAAGCAUUUGACUGCCCAAUCAGUUACUACUCAAGAUCAGAGAAGGCGGAUACAAAUUAUAAGUACUAUCCAUCUGUCAUUGACUUGGCUUCCAACUGCCAAAUUCUGGUUGUUGCAUGUUCGCUAACUCCUGAAACUCGUCACAUAAUCAACCGUGAGGUCAUCGAUGCAUUGGGGCCAAAGGGAGUUCUCAUUAACAUCGGAAGAGGUCCUCAUGUUGAUGAAGCUGAGCUGUUAUCAGCUCUUGUUGAAGGCCGUUUGGGAGGGGCUGGGCUUGACGUGUUUGAAAAUGAACCUGAAGCGCCUGAGGAGCUCUUUGGUCUGGACAAUGUAGUCCUAUUGCCCCAUGUAGGGAGUGGGACAAUAGAAACGCGUACGGCAAUGGCUGACCUUGUCCUUGGAAACCUGGAAGCUCACUUUCUGAACAAACCACUUUUGACUCCUGUAGUUUGAUUAAAUUAUGAAGGUAGUAAAUUCAUGAUUGUGAGGGAGCUUCAUUCUUGAUGUCAACCAUCUUCAUCUAUUUGAUACUGGACACGAUUGGCUCCGGAAAUUUGGUGUACUAUUGAUGCAUCUUACUUGUAAGUGUGUUUUUUUAUGUAUCCUUUGAUCCUGUCCUGUUUGACUUCGCUUUAGCAUUCUCGGGAAACUUUGAGCUACGACAAUUUGUUGUUUUCUACCUUCAAAUUUGAUAAAAAAUCUUGUAGUA